CACACAAAGCCCAAGAUGGCAGCACCCAACGACGAUAAUCAUAUUGAUCAAUACUCGGAAUAACAAGCGUUCUUUAUUCCCCAAUGCUCGCUGCCGUCUUGAAUUUGUAUUCAAUGACUGCAUUGAGCAGCGGUGUAGAUGCCUUAUUUUUAGUAUCCUCGCCUCCACCGCAUCACCGAUCACUUCUUUCAAAUCACACCCUAGGCUUUCAGCACACCUACCUGGCACACACGUCUACAAGCCUAGUUCAACCCUUGAACUCCCUUAAAAUGUCUGUCAGGCAACCCUUCUUAGCUGUCUACAAGAACCUGGUAACGGGCUACAACCGGAUGCUAACCCAAUUCAACAGAGAAGCUGGCCUACGAGUCGCAAGGAGACGAGUCCAAGAUGAGCCCCGCCGAGUUCCGCCAGCGGCUGAUCCACCACCAGCAGCACGGAAUCGAGACGUGCGAGGGCUUCAUCGCCAUUGUUUUGCUACUGCUCGAGAUGAAUCCCGACCCCGAGAGCACUGGCUCCAAGGUGCAGCAGGAUUUGUUUGGCGUGCCUUUUGCCAACACAACGCAGGACUUGCUUCGCCAGUCUUUCCACCACAUCAUCGCUGCGAGAGAUUUUCUGGACAAGUACAGAGCAACGCUCGAGACGCUUGCCGUCGAGGGCACGCCUGUCGAGGCCAAGGGCGCUGACAAGUUCAGGUCGGACAUCGCCACGGUUGUCCAGAAGUGCCACGGUCGUUUCUAUCCCAACAAUCUCUUGAUUGUGGCUCCCGAAAGCUUCUAACUUGCUGAUGAGUAGGCAACCGAGGACUUUUCGUAGUUCGCGAACAUCUAGAUGAUGAUGCCCGCGCAUGUGGGAUCGACUUGAGUGCAUACUGUACUCAAGUGACUUUUUUCUAUCUUGGAUUAUGAAAUGAAUGCUAUUGAACCAGAAAUCCAUAUUUUCCCUAUUGUACACGAUGUCUUCGUUUCACC